GAUUUGAGGAACGAGCCGAGUUAAAUUGUCUGGAAUGUGCCAAUUCUUGAAUUAACGACUCCUUUAGACGACAAUGAAACGCAAAUCUUUUAUCGAAGAGGACAGUGACCUCGACGACGUAUCGUCAAGAAAGAGAGCUCGCUCGCAGCAACGAGAGGAUUUAAAUGAGACCGACUUAAACGUUACCCCCUCGAAGCCCCGACCCGCCAGGCCGCAAACCAAUGGCGCCUCCAGUGAGAAAAUAGGCAUUGGAUCCUUUGAGGAUGCCAUUACACAAGAGUCGCUACCAAUUGUCGAAGCGGUGACCCCGAAAAGAGGCCGCGGUCGACCCAAAGGAAGCAAGAACUUCCCAAAACCUGAUGGCGCAACGCCAACGCCGAAGAAGCUUCCCAAAGGGAAGACUCUCUUUGCCACACCAUCCAAGCCCUUAGGCCUUCUCACCCCAUCCAAGGCGCGCAAUGCGGCGGAUCGCUCAGCCCGCCGGAAAAGUACUCGAACGUUGAUUGAGAGGACUAUAAACGGGGAGGCGAGCUCCGACGAAGACGAUGAUGUUGUUUCUCGAUACAUAUACGACUCUGACAAGGAAGAGCAGGCCGAUGCUACUGAAAGCGAAGCUCCCCAACCCGAAGGCGGAUCAGUGGAGCCAACUGUUCCAGAAACGCCCUCGAAAAGGGGCCGUGGCCGUCCAAAGGGUUCAAAGAACCGCAUCCGCACACCAAGCCCUCCUCGAGAUAUGCCACCCCACGAGCUAUUCUUUGCGCAGAAUCGCGGUGCAGCAAUGAAAACCUCAAAUAACAACCUCUCGUCUCUGCGACUUCUGGACCACGAAGAAUACUUCACCCUUCUGCGAUCUUACGAAGACCCCCACGCAAAAGACCUAGAAUUCCUAAGCUCCAUCCAUGAACGCUCAUUCCCGCAGUGGGACUUUGAACUGAGCCAGAAUUUCAAUAUAUGUCUCUACGGCUGGGGUUCGAAGCGCGAACUCCUCACGUCAUAUGCGAAUCACAUAUAUGCUCAAAACAACGAAGCCAAAAUCGUCGUGGUCAAUGGGUACAACCCAAGCACAUCCAUGCGCGACGUUCUCAACACGAUAUUCUCACUAAUCCCCAACGCCCCCAAGAAACUCGGAACCCAACCAUCCGAAGUCCUCGACCGCCUACUCACCCACCUCUCCACAUCCGAUGUACGCAUCACUCUCCUCGUGCACUCUCUUGACGGCCAGCCCAUCCGCCGAGCAGCCACGCAGUCGAUGUUCGCGCGCCUAGCUGCACACCCUCAGAUCAGCGUCAUUGCUUCGACAGACCACCCGUCCUUUCCUCUGCUCUGGGACAGCUCAGCGCGAACAUCGUUCAACUUCCUGUUCCACGAUUGCACGACCUUCUCAACGUACUCGGCGGAAGUGGACGUCGUUGACAGCGUGCUCCAGCUCCUAGGCCGUAGCGGGCGCAGAGUCGGUGGGAAAGAGGGGGUGGGAUUCGUCUUGAGGAGUUUGCCUGUUAAUGCGAGGAGCUUGUUUAAGAUUCUCUGCGUGGAGCAGUUGAUGGUUAUGGAUGCCGAUGGGGAGAUGGAUGGGUUUGGCGGCGGUGAUGAUGAGGAUGGUGAUGAGGAGGGGCAUCUUGGAGAGCGGAUGGGGGGUUCUAGAUCGGCUGAGGUUGGGGUGGAGUAUAGGGCCUUGUAUCAGAAGGCUGUGGAGGACUUUGUGUGUGGUGACGAGGUGUCGUUUAGGAGUCUGUUGAAGGAAUUCCAUGACCAUCAGAUGAUCACGUCCCGCAAAGAUGCUCUGGGAACCGAAAUUCUUUCCAUUCCAUUCAGGAGAGAAGAGCUAGAAGCUAUCUUGGAGGACUUAAUGAGCUAAACUGAUACCACAUAUUUGUAUUUAUUCCGGGGCUUCAAGCGAAGGUGUUUGGCUUGAUAUAGGUGCAUAGCAGGAGUCUCCGAGAAUGGAGUAUCGGGUUGCAAACGCAAGACAAAAAAAUAUCAGAGUUGAGUCCCCAGAAUUCUCUGCUCACUUCGCGUGACUUUUGUUUGAUUCUUGUUUGGUGGUUCACAAGCCUCGAAGAAAAGCGCCUUGAAUAUCUGGCAUUGGAGUGACAGCGAGACGUUUAAUUGCUCGGAUGGCUUUUGGGUCAAGCUCUUCCUCUAUCCGCUUCUUGUCCUUUUCAGUGGGGUUGUUAGAAGUAGCAAGCAACCUAUAUAGAUUGUACAGUUAACCUGGAUCCAAUAAAGGGCUCCAUGAAACUUACAACAUGAUCUCUCCAGAGAAAGAGUGUCAUGCCCAGAGUGUGCCGGUUGUCCAAACUCUUUUGGUCAUCGUCUCUUGCAACCAAGUACU